AUGCUUGCACCAAAGGUCAACUGCAAGCUCUGCUCCCCAAAGCAGGCCACCCAGCUCGGACGUGCUGUGGCACCAGUUCUCUAUCAUGCUUCCUCCUCUUCUUCCGUCCUAGGCCUUCGCCUAUCCUCCUCCCCUUCCAACUCCCAGACGCCAUCGUCUACCCGCUCCUUCUCGACAACACCGGCCAAUCACCUCCGGGAUUUCUUCCCGCCCAAAGAGACCGAAUACAUCCGGAAGACACCACCAGCGUGGCCCCAUCAUGGCUUCACCUACGAGGAGAUGACUAGUGUUGUACCGGGCCAUCGUGAGCCGAGGACUCUCGGCGACAAGGUUGCCUGGCGGCUGAUGCGAAUCGCAAGAUGGUCGAUGGACACGGUGACCGGCCUAAGCAAAGACCAGAAGACGGACAAGAAGAACCCGACCACAGCCGUCGUAGCAGAAAAGCCCUUGACGGAGGCUCAAUGGCUCAUCCGUUUCAUCUUCCUGGAGUCCAUCGCCGGUGUGCCCGGCAUGGUGGCUGGGAUGCUGCGGCACCUGCACUCGCUGCGGCGGCUGAAGCGCGACAACGGCUGGAUCGAGACGCUGCUGGAGGAGUCGUACAACGAGCGGAUGCACCUGCUGACGUUCAUGAAGAUGUGCGAGCCGGGCUGGUUCAUGAAAUUCCUGAUCCUCGGCGCGCAGGGCGUCUACUUCAACGCCAUGUUCUUGUCGUACCUCAUCUCGCCCAAGAUCACCCACCGCUUCGUCGGCUACCUCGAGGAGGAGGCCGUGCACACGUACACGCGCUGCCUGCGCGAGAUGGACGCCGGCCUGCUGCCCAAGUGGAGCGACGAGGGCUUCAAGGUACCUGAGCUGGCGGUCACGUACUGGCACAUGCCCGAGGGGAACAGGACGAUGAAGGAUUUGAUUCUGUACAUUCGGGCUGACGAGGCGAACCACCGCGGCGUCAACCACACGCUCGGCAACCUCGACCAAAAGGAAGACCCGAACCCGUUCGUGAGCGAAUACAAGAGUGGCGAGAAGCUGCACCCUGUGGCCAAACCCGGCGGCUUCGAGCGGGAAGAGGUCAUUGGCUCCUAG